UCGUUUGCAGUUAAGCCCGCGUUAUUUUAAGCAAUGUUUCCCUCUCUCUCUUCCUAUCCUUCGCCCAUUUCUCCCUCUCUCUUCACAAACCUCACAAACGAAAACCCAUUUUAAUUUAACUUCAUUUUUCCUUCUCCUUGCCUUUGCUUUUAUCCAAAUGACAUAAAUCUUAAUAUGUUUUACAUAUUUUUCCACAUCGAAUUUCAACAAACAAACAGUUUAUAGAAGCAUUUGCACAAGCAUCUUUGACAAAAUAUAAAGGUCCACUUUUCAGUGGGUUGUGGAUAUGCAGCUGCAAACAAAGUAAUCGUCGCUGAGGGCAUUCACCAAGAGCAGGGAUUUCGUGACGUUGUUGAUUGGCUGUCUUGUGUUUCAUAAUUCCUUAGCUGCCAUGAGAAGUGAGGCUUCAGGCACUGCAGGUAAAGAGUUACACAGACAUAAAGAUGUACAGACUGGUGAGGAAUUUUCUUGUGAGUUUUUGAGGGACCGUACAGCCCAAAGAAGAAUAACAGUAAUGAAUGAUGGAGCUCAUCGCCAUCCAGUCCAAAUAGGGUUUAAUUUCAACCAGAAAAAUCAGGCGGUUUACAAGGAUCUUAAUGGCAUUCAUGGAUCGAGGAGAAAGGAUUAUGAAUGCAAUGCAGAUGUCUCAGAUAUGGUUUCUGCUGCAGGAUAUGCACCUGAAAUAGACAAUACUGCUUAUACUGAUAAGUCAAGCAGAUACCCAUGGCAAUAUGGUGCUAUUGGACAAAAGUCAGGUAAGUUUUCUGAUGAAAUCUAUUCUGAUCAAGUUAUCAAAGAACCAAUUGUUUCCCCACAUCGCAAAGUGGGCUCUCCUCCGUCAUACAAUUAUUCUGGACCUGUGUUUAUGGAGAACGCUCUUAGUCAAAAGAUAAAGUUCCUCUGCAGCUUUGGCGGGAGAAUAUUACCUAGGCCAAAUGAUGCAAAGCUUAGGUAUGUGGGUGGAGAGACACGGAUUAUUUCUAUUAGGAGAAAUGUUACUUGGAAGGAACUCGUGAAGAAGACUUCAGCAAUUUGUAAACAACCUCAUACAAUCAAAUAUCAGCUCCCAGGGGAGGAUCUUGAUGCACUUAUAUCUGUUUGUUCGGAUGAGGAUCUUCAUCAUAUGAUAGAGGAAUAUCAAGAGUUGGAAAGAAUCGAGGGCUCUCAAAGACUGCGAAUGUUUCUUGUCCCUUUAGCUGAACCAGAGACUCCAAGUUCUUUGGAAGGCAGGGAUACCCAGCAGAGUGAUGCUGAUUAUCAGUAUUUUUUUGCUGUAAAUGGCAUGCUAAAUGCGACUCCUCGAAGGAGUUCUAGUGGGCAGAGUUUGGCUAGUCAACAAACCACCUUGGGAACUGCUUCAGAUCAUAGUGUUAGUUUUUAUAGAGACUCCCCUACAUCUAUUUACACUUCUGAGAAUAAGGAUUAUAGUUCUAAUUCCUCAAAUUUUGGGGGUGCGUUUUUUAAUCAUAAUGUUCAGCAUCAUGAUACUUUGAGUUCUGGUUUGCAAAUUGACGGGGAUCAACCAUGCACUGAUGUCAAUGGAAUUGCCAAUCUUUUAUCUAUAGACAAAUUUUCUUGUGUAAAUCCCCUUAGCAACUAUGAUAAUCCCUCUUAUGCCCCUCUGCAAUUGAAGAAUAACCAUCAGAAAGACAAAAUUACGGUAGAAACUGAGCAGACAAACAGAAGCCAUGAAAUACAUUUUCAAAAUCUUGGCCCCAGUGGAGAUACUAUGCAUUCUAUGGUACAUGGCCGAAGAGAUAGGAACUCUGAAAGACGUACUUUUAAGGAAAGGUCACUUUCUGAUACACGGUUACAGGAGCAUGAUGAGACUUCUAUUUACAAAUUUGGAGAAGCAACUAGACCUCGAAGCCCAUGGACUAUUGUAAGAGAGAAGUCAAGUAUGUUAGGAAUGUUAAGUUCUUCAAAAGAGUGGCCAAUGCGGCAAAAAGUGAUAGAUGAAAAAUACCAAGGUACCAAAUAUAAGAAUCAGUGCAUUAUGAAGAUACCAGAACCAUGCAAAAAUAAUUUUGAAAGGAGUCCAGAGUUGAAUUGGAUGGAUGGGAAUCCUGCUUCCUCUGAUCCAGAUAGAAAACACCAUGAAGGAAGUGUUAAAGUUAUGCGGCAUGAUAAUGCCAUGGAAUAUAAGAUAAACAACCAACCCAGCAUUCAUACCCGACAAGAUUCUCAUGACUAUGAGAACUUACUAUUCUCUUCGCCAAUUGCUUUUAAAGAAAAUUCUGCAGGGACCAGAAAGGAGAACCUUGGUGAUUGUCAGUUAGACACAAAGGCACCCAUGUCUCAUGUUAGGAGACAAAUUGCGACAAGCAAUAAUAAGUGUGCUGUGGCUGAGACAAGUCAACCAGUUUCUCUUGAAUCCCCCGGACUACCCUCUAUUUCAUCUAAAGGAGCUGCUAAUCAACAGCGUAUAACCCCAAUAUGUAAAAUGCCCACAAGUUAUGUUCCAAGUAGAGAGGAUUCUAUCUACAAUGAAGAAGCUAGAAAUUUUCCAGGCCAUAGGAUCGAAAAAAUACCCAUUAAGAUACCAUCAGAAAAGGAUCAGAAGUCUGAAGAUCCUAUCUGUGCUCAAUCACAAGCUUCAAAAAAUGAUCAUGAUGGCAAGAUGCUCAAGUUAGGGAUUACUGUGGAAGAUGUAACGGAUAGUACUUUUCCAGACAUUCCAUCCUCCCUGGCAGUAGUGCUACAUGUACAGCAUGACGGCAGUGAUGAGUAUCCAUCCCAAAGAGAUAUAGAGGCUGAGAGUAUGAAUCAAUCUGAUGGUGAGGAAGCAAAAGUUUUUAGCGAUGCUGCAGUGGCUGAAUUAGAAGCAGACAUAUAUGGUUUGCAGAUUAUUAAGCAUGAUGACCUUGAAGAAUUGCAAGAGUUAGGUUCUGGAACAUAUGGAACUGUUUACCAUGGAAAGUGGAGGGGGACAGAUGUUGCUAUAAAGAGAAUUAAAAAGAGUUGUUUUUCAGGCAGAUCAUCGGAACAAGACCGGUUGACAAAAGACUUCUGGAGAGAGGCCCAGAUCCUGUCAAAUCUUCACCAUCCAAAUGUGGUAGCAUUCUAUGGUGUUGUCCCCAAUGAACCUGGUGGAACGAUGGCGACAGUUACUGAAUAUAUGGUCAACGGAUCAUUGAGGCAUGCCCUACUAAGGAAGGAUAGAUUUUUCCUGCAAAACUUUUCCCACAGAUCACUUCAUUGCCGCAAAAAGAUUAUGAUUGCCAUGGAUGCAGCUUUUGGCAUGGAAUAUCUGCAUUUGAAAAAUAUUGUUCAUUUUGAUUUGAAGUGUGACAAUUUGCUUGUCAAUUUGAGGGAUCCCCAACGUCCUGUUUGCAAGGUUGGAGAUUUUGGGUUGUCAAGAAUUAAACGCAAUACACUUGUAUCUGGUGGUGUGCGUGGAACUCUUCCAUGGAUGGCACCAGAAUUAUUGAAUGGAAGCAGCAGCAGGGUUUCUGAAAAGGUUGAUGUUUUCUCAUUUGGUAUUGCAAUGUGGGAGCUCCUCACUGGAGAAGAGCCAUAUGCCAACAUGCAUUGUGGUGCUAUUAUAGGUGGGAUUGUAAGCAACACUCUGAGGCCUCCGAUACCAGAACGCUGCGAUUCAGAAUGGAAAAAGUUAAUAGAAGAAUGCUGGUCUUUCGAUCCUUCAGCGAGGCCAUCAUUUACAGAGAUAACGAAAAGGCUGCGAGUCAUGUCAGUAGCUCUUCAGACAAAGCGGCGAAGUAAUGUAAACAGAUGAAUACAACAACUAACAAAACUAUGUGCGCCCAAUUUCAAAUAUCCAAUUGAGUAUUUAGAUUCUGUGUGAUCAUAUGAUUGAAUACUCAAAACUUGCUUGUACAACAUCCUUAUAGUUUUCUUAUUUUUAUUCUACAAAUUUAAAAAAUAACUAUUGAUUCAUCAUC